AUGCCUCUGCAAGCGCUACGGACGGUAGCAAAGCCGCAAAAUGGCGUCGGGGCCUUUAUCCUCCAAUGCAAACGCCUGGACUUUCACUACUGCGACUGGGCCGGCAGCAGUCGAGGAAUGAACAUUUUCMUCAAGACCAAGCUCGCGACAUUCGCAAAGGAAAACCCGAGCAUCGAAGUCACCGUCUCGCCGCGCCCUCACAAACACCCCGUCAUCAAGGGACAGUACAUCAAUGGACGAGAAAAGGCCAUUUGCGUGCGAAAUAUGGAUGCGAAUGAGAUUUUGAACAAGGCUUUGCUGUUGCGGAAUGCGAAUGGAGAGAAGCUGAAGAAGGUCACGAAGCCCGUGAGGAGUUUGAACGAGAGUGUCCGAGGCGUGUGGAGUCCGUUCCAUGGGAAUGAAUACAAGAUUUGA